CCCCUACCCGAACGCCUUGAGCCCGUCCCCACCACACCACGACAUCGCGAUGGCGCUGCACCACCUCCGCCUCGCGCCGCUCGCGCUCCUCCGCCUCGCGGGCCUCCCGCCUCUCGCCCCCUCCCGUCUCGUCACGCGCCACCACCACCACCACCUCCUCCUCUUCGCGCCGCCGCCUCGGCCGUGGCGCAUCCUUUCGCCCGCCGCGAGGUCGCGCGCGCUCGCCACCGCCGCGGCCGAGGCCGACGACGCCGGCGCAGGCUCGGGUGACGGCUUCUUCGCAGAGGAGAGCACGUCGUGGAGGUCCCUCGGCAUAUCCGACCGCCUUGCGUUCGCCUUGCGUGGGGCUGGGCUCGCGAGGCCUUCCCUUGUGCAGGCAGCCUGUAUACCACAUAUUCUCACGACGAAUGAUGUAAUUGUUGCAGCAGAGACUGGAAGUGGCAAAACUCAUGGUUACCUUGUUCCGUUGAUUGAAAAGUUGUGCUCCAAAUCUUCUCCAACAGAAGAUGAUAAUUCCCAGGACACUGGCCCAGGGGCACAUAAUAUCGUAUUAGUCCUUUGUCCCAAUGUUAUGCUUUGUGAGCAAGUUGUUCGCAUGGCUAAUUCGUUGCUUGAUGAGUCUGGUAAACCUCUUAAGAGUGCUGCUGCUGUUUGUGGGCCGAAGGGUUGGCCAGCUGCUCAGCCAGAUAUUCUUGUAGCCACUCCAGCUGCUCUCUUAAAUUAUUUAUUUGACUAUGACCCAGAAAAGAGGCGAAGAGAGAGAUUCCUGCGUCGUGUAAAAUUCAUAGUAUUUGAUGAGGCAGACAUGCUACUUUGUGGAAGUUUUGAGAACCAGGUCAUUCGUCUCAUCCAUAUGCUGAGAUUUGACGAAAAGCUACUGUCUAGAGCGAAAGAUUCUGGAGAGGAAGUAUCACUUGGGGAUGCCGAUGAAUAUCAUGAGGAUUCCGACUCUGAGAGUGCUGAGUUUAGUGGUGUUGAUGAUGAAACUGAAGACAGUCAUGUUAAUGAUAGACCAGUCAAGUUGGAGAAUGGUCACAUUGGAGGACGCAAGGACUGGAGGAGGGUUAGAAAAAUUUAUAGCCGGAGCAAGCAGUAUGUCUUUGUUGCUGCCACCCUUCCUCAGAGUGGCAAAAAGACUGCUGGUGGUGUUCUGAAACGUAUGUUUCCUGAUGCUGUAUGGGUUAGUGGCACUUAUCUGCACCGCCAUAACCCUAGAUUAGAGCGAAGAUGGAUAGAGGUCACUGCUGAUACACAAGUUGAUGCUCUUCUGGAUGCUGUAAAAUAUGGCCUAAAGAGUGAAGUUCAGGAUCCAAAUAUUGCUCCAAAACGCACUAUGGUGUUCACAAACACUGUUGAUGCUGCUAAUUCGGUCUCUGACAUAUUGAAGCGAGUUGGUAUUCCAUGCAUUGUAUACCACCGUGAGAGUUCCCUAGAUGAAAGGGCAAAAAAUUUGCAAACUUUUCGGGAAAAUGGUGGAGUGCUUGUAUGCACUGAUGCCGCAGCUCGCGGGCUUGACGUACCGAAUGUUUCUCAUAUCAUUCAGGCGGAGUUUGCUGCCUGCGCUGUUGACUUUUUGCACAGGGUGGGUCGCACGGCCAGAGCUGGCCAAUCUGGCAUAGUAACCAGCCUAUACACAGAGGCGAAUCGCGAUCUUGUAAGAGCAGUCCGCCAAGCAGAGGAGUCGGCCCAGCCAGUGGAGGGAGCAUUCAGCAGGAAAAGAAGCUUCCGCAACAAGUUGAAGAAGCAAAGGGCUAAAGUAUUGUUCUGAUACUGUAACCCACCAUGUUUGAGAAAAAGGAGAAACAGCUAGUACUAGGGAUAGUUCAUCGUCUUGUCCUGCUCAAGCUCGGCUUUCUUGAUAUCUACCCUUUAUUGCUUGUGAGGAAUGUUUCUUAAUAAGAUAACUUUGAGCUGCUGCAAAUUGAAUGAAAGCUUCACCGAUUAGAAUGA